GAUCCGGAAGAAGAGACCGCGAACUUCGCCAGGGAUUGGGCUACGUCACAGAGGCGGGGCCUCGGCGAGCCACUCACCGUAGUAAAGGGACAUGACGACACGGAAGUGGCCCGGCUGAGCCUGUCAUUCGCUCGCCAGUGGUGGGGCAGGAGCGGUUGGCGGCGCAAUGGCCAGGCUGUCCCCAACCGCGGAGGACGGAGCCACUAACGCCACGCCCCCCGCGCCAACUUCCCUUGGUUUGACACGUAGCUCUUGGGGCGGAGACUUGUCUAAAUGUCCUGGAGCCUGAGGCGGGGAGGGUGCGGUCGCCGCUUGCUGUCUUCCGGUUUUCAGGGCGACUUCCCUCCGAAGCCGGGAGAGACGCCCUCCCGAGCUCGAGCCGUGCUCCACGGUCUGUUAGCGUCAAAUCCCCCCUCCCCCCGUGGCUGCCACAGCCCCACAGUCCUCGCUGUGUUCUCGCCCCCUUGGGAAGGCCAUCCCCACACUGCCCACUGCCCUGCCCCCGUCCACUCCUCUAAAAUGUCCAAUAAUCUACAGAAAGUCUUCCUGAGACCCGCAGAGGAGAAAUUAGGCCCCGGCGCGCAGUGUGUUUCAGGCUGCAUGUACCAAGUAGUUCAGACGAUUGGCUCGGAUGGAAAAAAUCUUCUGCAGUUACUUCCAAUUGCCAAUUCUUCUGGAAAUUUUGUCCCGAUAGUUCAAUCUCCAGUCAUAUCUGAUGCUUUGAAAGGGAAUACAGGAAAACCAGUUCAAGUUGCUUUUCAAACUCAGAUUUCCAGCUCUUCCACAAGCACAUCAGUUCAAUUGCCCAUUUUCCAGCCAGCCAGUUCUUCAAAAUAUUUUCUUACAAGAACAGUAGAUAAUUCAGAAAAAGGUAGAGGUACUUCUAUGGGAAGUGAAAAGUUUGCAUCAUCAGUUUCGAAAGUUAAGAGUCAUAGUGCAAAAAUUGAUGGACUCACCAUGCAAACAUUUGCUGUUCCUCCCUCAACACAAAAUGAUUCAUCUUUUAUUGUAGUCAAUCCCCCAAGUGUUCCAAUGACUAUGAAGUCUCCAGUUUUGCCUUCUGGGCACCAUUUACAGAUACCAGCCCAUGCUGAAGUGAAAUCUGUACCUGCAACAUCCUUGCCUCCUUCAGUUCAGCAAAAGAUACUUGCAACUACAACCACAAGUACCUCAGGAACAGUUGAGUCCUCCCAAAUACCGACAGUUAUUUACGUAUCUCCUGUAAAUACAGUGAAAAACGUAGUUACCAAGACCUUUCAGAAUAUUUACCCAAAACCUGUUAAAGAAGUAGUAAAACCAGUGAUAAUAAAUACCACACAAAUUUCAACGAACGUUGCUUCAGAGACACAAUUAAAACGUGGUCAGCAUUCUCAAGCUGCUCCAGUGAAAUGGAUUUUUCAAGAGAAUCUACAGCCUUGUGUUCCAUCUCUUGUUCCUGUUAAGUCUUCAAAUAAUGUGGCUUCAAAGAUUUUAAAAACUUUUGUAGAUAGAAAAAAUUUGGGAGCUAAUGCUAUAAAUAUGCCAUUGAGUACUGUCAGUGCUAGCAGGGCACAGUCCACAAGUGUGCCUAUUAAAGAUAAUGCUUUAGUAAUGUUUAAUGGGAAAGUCUAUCUGUUGGCUAAAAAGGGAACAGAUGUUCUACCAUCACAAAUUGACCAACAAAAUUCUGUUUCUCUUGAUACUCCACUAAGAAAAGAUUCACCACAGAUAGUAAGUUCAAGUCCAGUCACAGAGAUAUCCAGAGAGGUGGUAAAUAUUGUUUUGGCUAAAAGUAAAUCUUUCCAGAUGGAGACAAAAUCACUUUCAAAUUCCCAGCUUGCUUCCAUGGCCAGUCUAAGGGCAGAGAAGAAUAAGAGAGUCGAGAAACCAUCUCUUUCUGCCACAAACCCACAUACUAUGAACCAAUCCACUAACUACCUUAAACAGAGUAAGACUUUAUUUACAAAGCCAAUCUUUCCAGAUGGAUUUAGUACAGGACAGCAUGCCCCCAGAAAAGGAAAUGUCAUCCAGAGCGUAGAGAAAAUAUGUUCCUCUGUUGAUGCAACAACUGUUACUUCACAACAGUGUGUUUUCAGAGACCAAGAAUCUAAGACCCAGAAUGAGAUGGCCUCAACAUUAAAGAAAGGUACUCAAGAAAGAAAUGACAAAAAAUAUUCUCAAGGAAGCAGUACUAAGACAUCAUAUCUGAGGAACGAUGCUGAAUUUAAAAAGAUAUUUGGUCUCACUAAAGAUUUGAGAGUGUGCCUUACUCGAAUUCCUGUCCAUUUGGGCUCUGGAAAAGAUUUUAGCAGUUUGGCAAAGAACAGAACUUACAAAGAAACGGAGUUUGUGGUAAAAGAACAAAAGCAGAUUUUUGCUAACAAAAGAAAAGCAAAAGCUGAUAAGAAGAUGAAUUACACAAAAAGGAGAAAAUCUGAGAGUGCUGUUGACAUGGUCAUAACUGGAAUUAAUGUUACCAGUUCCCAACUCCUUAAUAGUGUUUUCCCAGCAUCAGACAUCUCACAGCAUAACAUUGUCACAAGCCACAGCAAAGCCAUAGAAGAAAAGAGAACUGAGGUAGAGCACUGUUCUCGUGAAAAGCAGGAGAAAGUCACAUUGAGUUCAAAUACAUCUUUUGAACAAAGUAAUUCUUUUAAUAAAAACUAUACUGAAGAUAUUUUCCCAGUGCCACCACCAGAAUUAGAAGAAACCAUCAGAGAUGAAAAAAUAAGAAGACUUAAGCAGGUUCUAAGAGAGAAAGAAGCAGCUCUUGAAGAAAUGCGUAAGAAGAUGCACCAAAAACAAUAAAAUUCUUGUACUUAAAGACUUCAGUGAAAUAGCUGUUUUAUAAAUAGGCUUUUGUAUUAAUGCUGUGGUUCCCUCUCACCUGUCAGGGGAUAGAUUCAAAAUGCCCCCAGUGGAUGUUUGAAACUGGAGAUAUUACCAAGUCUUGUAAACAACCAUUGUACUUCAUGACAUUUGUUCUGAUAACCCCAGGCAUCUACUUAGAUGAAUAACGGGCAAAUAGUAUAUACCGAAUGAAGGGAUAACUGAUGUCCUGAGCAGGACAGUUUGAGAUUUUGUUGUACUGCUCAGAAUGACAUAUAAUUCAAUACUAAUUCUUCCUUUCUGGAGUUUCUCAAUACUUUAGACAGCAAUUUAUCAUGGGUAACUGAAGCCACAGAAAACAAGCUACACAUCACAAGAAACUACUAUAAAUUAUAGAGGCACUUUGAAAGUGUCUUUGUAUAUGAAACUUGUUUUUUCAUACGUUGAUUAAAAUUUUUUGUUUAAGGAACACAGAAGAGGUUUACUCAUGACAUGAAUAAUCGACAUAGAGAGUCUUAGUCUUAGAUACUCUUUUGGAAGGAAAUAUUUUAUAUUUUUCUAUGAGCUGAAAUACCUUGUUUGAAUAUUUUGUAUAGGGCUUCUGUUGAUGUUCUCUCUUCAAGUAAAUUGCUCAGGUCUUACUCUAACAAGAAAUACAGUGUCCUACUGAAAUUCCACUAUCCAAGAUAGGAAGUCAGCUGAAAGCUUAAACCACUGAGUUUGU